GUCGACGUGUAUAUAUCUACGUCACUGGGCGGUCACGCUACGCUAAGCUAGCGAGCCGCGAGAGCUACUGCUAACAGUUUUUGUCGGAUUGCAGAUACAACAAAGGCACAUCUGACUGUAGGACUCUAACAAGGAGGUAUUUAAAUCUGGUGAAAUGAGCCACAAUGACCAGUUUCCCCUUGACUGCAAGGUUUAUGUUGGGAAUCUAGGAAACAAUGGAAACAAGACAGAGCUGGAAACAGCUUUUGGGUACUAUGGCCCUUUGAGAAGUGUCUGGGUCGCCAGGAAUCCCCCAGGCUUUGCUUUUGUAGAGUUUGAAGAUCCCAGAGAUGCAUCUGAUGCUGUGAAAGAACUGGAUGGAAGAAACAUGUGCGGCUGUCGAGUGCGUGUCGAGUUGUCCAAUGGGGAAAGACGUUCAAGGAGUCGUGGCAAUCCUCCAUCCUGGGGUAGACGCCCUCGCGAUGAUUUUAGACGACGUAGUCCUCCAGUCAGACGCAGGAGGAGGAGCCGCAGUCGCAGCAGGUCUCUUUCAAGGGACAGAGGCAGACAACGGUCUCUCUCCAGAGACAAGAAAUGCCAAAGAUCUAUCUCACGGUCAAGGAGUCGUUCCCGGUCUAACGAGAGAAAAUGAAGACCUCAGACUAUGGUUCAUCUGCAGGAUCUUGCUAUGGUUGGGGGAUAUACAAAUUUUUAUAGUCAUGUAUUUCUUUUCUUUAGGGUUGGCCAAGUUACAUAUUGUGUAAUGGCAGUCUGUCUAACAAAGGACUUAAGUCUUUUUCUGCUAAAGCAAAUUUUAUCUUCUCCUGCAUGUUUGAAAUGGAAUACUGGAGUUAGUUUUACAUUACCAACCUGUUUUUUAAACUAUUGAAUUAAAGCUCAUGUGAUGUUUUUAUUUGUUUUUGUUUGCUUUUUUAAAUUGUUGGUUUUAAAUGACUGACUAUAGGUAAAUGUCAGAUGCACCACCAGUAGAAACAUCCUUCAUACCAGUGACAAAAUCAGACUGGCAACAUAUGUUAAAUACUGGUGCUGUUAUUUGCAGGCUGUCCUUAGAGCCAAACAUCUGUAAUUCUGUAUUUUACCUCUGUCACUUUUGCCAAAAAGGCAUUUACUCUGUUCAACUUUGCUUGACUUGAGCUCUGACAGUUUGUGCUGCUGCAGUUAAACAACUUGUUCAAUAAAUGGUUUUCCAAGGUGA